GAAAACAAAGAAUUGGAAAAUGCUUUGAAAAAUAUCCAGCUGCCUAAAGAGGAAAUUAAGAAACUUGAAGUGGAUGACAUCACUUUAUGGUACAAGAUGAUUCUUCCUCCUCAAUUUGACAGAUCAAAGAAGUAUCCCUUGCUAAUUCAAGUGUAUGGUGGUCCUUGCAGUCAGAGCGUAAGGUCUGUAUUCGCUAUUAGUUGGAUUUCUUAUCUUGCAAGUAAGGAGGGGAUAGUCAUUGCCUUGGUGGAUGGCAGAGGAACAGCCUUCCAAGGUGACAGACUCCUGUAUGCAGUAUAUCGAAAGCUGGGUGUUUAUGAAGUUGAGGACCAGAUCACAGCUGUCAGAAAAUUCAUAGAAAUGGGUUUCAUUGAUGAAAAAAGAAUAGCCAUAUGGGGCUGG